GUGCUGAUGUUGGUGCUUUCCUUCUCGCGUGACCAGUGUGUCUCUGUCUUCAGUGUGAAGUGCUGGGUCGCCCCUCGGCGUCUCUAAUAAAUAAACAGGCGUUAGUUUAGAUAAACGCUCAGUGACGAUUGAUUUAGGCGACACACAAGAGUGGGCCUUUCUCUCCGUGUUAAUUGUGAGAACAUGAUGAUCUGUGGUGGUUCAAUGCUCUCCUUGGCAAUACUGUGCUGUGCUGUGUAGAAGUUUCUCGUGUGCGUUGUUUCUUUUUGGGGGGGAAAACAAUUGCUGAAAAAUUCAAACUCUCCGCGUGUCCUUUUGGUGCUGUGCUCGUGUGCUCAAUUUGGCAAGCGAGAGGGAGGGUGAGCGCGAGAGUGGGGGGAAGGAGCAGGAAGUUGUGAGGAGUGAGGAUCCAUUAGAAGGACCGAACAUUCGCCGUGAUGAAUUGCAAUGGUGUGGAAGAGAGCCUGGGAUAACUCUGCACAUUGAUUUCUAGCAGUGUUGCAGUCUUACGUAAUUUCGGAUAUCUUCUCAACACCUCCAGGACAACUCUCCAUGCGACAUGGAUAAGCUUGGCACGCUCUGCUGUUUGCUUUUUCUCAUCCUCAACGAUUUAUGGACGGGCGCCGAAGCUCAACAGCGCCCUCGCAUCUUGGAGCACCCAGCUGACGCCGUGGCGGCUCGCGAGGAGCCCCUCACGCUCAACUGCAAGGCGGCAGGGAGGCCCACACCUGAGAUAACGUGGUUUCACAACGGGACACCGCUGGUGCCGUCGGAGAGAAGGGUCGUCCUGCCGGAGGGAUCCCUCUUCUUCCUCAGAGUAAUGCAGAAUAAGCGAGAUCAUGAUGCUGGGACGUACUUUUGUGUUGCCGAGAGUUCAGCCGGAAAGGCAGUUUCCAGAAAUGCAACACUGCAAAUUGCAAUGUUGCGGGACGAAUUCAGGGCCGUGCCGAAGAACACAGUGGCGCUGGCCGGAGGACCUGUGGUCCUGAACUGCACGCCACCGCGCGGCAUCCCAGAGCCUUCGGUGCUGUGGUACAAGGACGGCAAACUGCUGGAGAUCAGCGGCAAGAGACUCUCGAUGGUGGAAUCCGGCAGUCUGAUGAUAUCCGAGGUGAUGAGCUCCGAUGCCGGCAAGUACGAGUGCACGGCGCAGAGCAUGGCGGGCAGCAAAUCCUCGCCGCCGGCCAUCCUGAGCGUCCUGGCGCCGCCGACGGUGGUGCGUGGGCCGCAGGACACAGAGGUGGUGGAGGGUGAGGGCCUGGAUCUCCCGUGCGAGUUGACGGGCGACCCCAAGCCGACAGUCUCGUGGCAUCGGGAGAACGGGAACCUGCCGGAGACGCGGUCGCGCAUCCUCCUCGACCAUACGCUGAGAAUCGAGGAUGCCCGGCCCGAAGAUCAAGGCCGAUACAUCUGCAAGGGACACAACGAGGGUGGAAAUGUCUCGGUGGUCGUAAAACUUUACGUUUAUGCCAUUCCCACCUUCAUCGAGGCGCCCGCGGACGCUGAGGUGCGCGAAGGCGGCACCAUAAGAUUGCCGUGUAGGGCGCAGGGGCGCCCCAAGGCGCGCAUCGUGUGGGACAGAGUGGGUGUGCGAUCGGAGGUGUCGCAGCUGCUGGAAGUGGAGACGUCGCAGGAUGAACUCCUGGCCAGGGCCAAGAUCAUGAGUUUGCGGUCGAAGAGAGAGCGUCUGCAUCCCAAUUCCACUCAAGCGCCAACUUCAGUCUCUCCGCCGGCGCCUAUUCGCCGCCGCCGGCACGUUUCAGUGAGUCCUGACGAGCGCAAGGACUUCAUGCAGUCAGAAUUUGUGCAAAUUAUGCGUGAUCAGGAUGAUGAAGACCAGGACGCGCCGUCCUGGAUGCGCGCCUUCGUCGGCGAUCCCGCGAGGCGCGUGAAAAGGAGUGACACGGCCGAGGAUGAGGAGCAGGAAGAGAGUGAGGAGGGCACCAGUGAUGCAACGUCCAUCCUCUUCUUCUCCACGCCGUUGCCCAGCGACACAUCGCGCCUGGAAGUGGACGAGAAUGGCGAGCUGAUUCUGCGAGAUGUGACCAGUCAUCAUCAGGGUUGGUAUGCUUGCGCCGCUCUGAAUGAGGCCGGCAGCGUCGUGAAGCGUAUCUUCGUGCGCGUGUUGGCGCCUGGCGCGGCCGAGGGUCAGUCGCCCCAGCCCUUGGAGCCCGUGAGCAGUCGCUGGGGCACCGAUCAGACCGUCCUCGUGAGCUCCGUGCGCGGCGCCUCGGCUCACGCCGUCGAUGUGGCGUGGGACAUCACGAGCGACUCACCGCCGGCCACCACACUCACGCUGCACUACCGGCCGACCGGCGGACGCCACGAUUUCAUCACUAGCAACGCUCCGCUCAGUGCCAAGCGCCAUCGCAUCGACGACCUGAACGCGCACACGGAAUACGAGGUAUUUGUGACCGUUCCUGGCGGCCUCGGCGGCAGCAUUUCCAAUAUCCGGACAGGCAUGACGCUGGACGGCGCGCCUUCGGCGCCACCAACUGACGUCAGAGUCGGCGUGAUCAACACGACAGCGGCCUACGUCCGAUGGUCGCCACCGCCGCAGCAUUUGCUCAACGGAGAACUCACCGGAUACAAUAUCCAGAUAAAGUCCAACACGACCAACAAGAUCCUCGGUCAGAUGUCACUGAAUGCCUCAACGCAGUCCGUUGUGAUAAACAGUCUGAAUCCUGGCGGCCGCUACAUUGCCUGCGUCGCCUCGCUCACCGCUGGCGGCUUGGGGCCGUACAGCGCCCCAGCCGCACUCCACAUGGACCCAUCCUACAUCCCUCGGCCGCCCAGGACCGAUCCGGCCGCCAAUGGAUGGUCAUCGAUGUGGAUGUCGGGCGUGGUGCUGGGCAUCCUGGGUGUGGGCCUGUCGGGCGGUGCUAUUUUCGCUUUGUACUGGGCCAAGAGAAACAAGCGCAUCAUGAAGGCAUCUUAUCCUGGUCCAAUGCUCACGGCAACACUGCCGGACAAGCAGCACACGAUGUGGCUGCACGGAAACCCGAUGAUUAAGCCAACGCACUCUCUGGCGCCGCCCGCCGCCUCGGAGUAUGCCGAAGUGACGCCCACGAGUCACCUGCAGAAGCCGCCGCUGCCCACAACGGCGCCGCCCGAGCCAUACGCCACAGUCACUCUUCAGAGGGGCGCUUCUGGGGCCUCGGACGACACGUGCGCUAAAUGCUCAGCCAGUCCAAGCUCUUCCGAGUACAAUGCGCCCCUGCGAGAGCCCAUGAACUUGUGCGAAAUGCUGCCGCCGCCACCAGAUCACCCGUACGGCGCCUACAAGCCACCCAACAACAUGACAAUCCGCACAAAUCCCACAGCAAUGUCGCCACAGGUCAUGCGACGCGUUCCGCCGACCCCACCGCGCUGGGGCACUCUGCCACCGCCCAUUCCCAACUUCCCGCAGACGUGGUGCCAGCGCCGGCCGGAGGGCGACUUCUUCCCGGAGGAGAAUGACUACGAGAGCGGCUCCGUGCUGUACGAGCAGUGCUGCCAGGAGCAGAACUACUUCAACGCCGGCGAGCCAACUGAGGAGUACUAUCGCAACGUGAACAUGGAGUUCUUCGAGGACCAGGAGUUCGAGCCGAGCACACCGCCGCCGCCGUGUCCGGACGUAUACACCAACAAGAUCAACGCCAAUCUGCGGCUGAUAGCCAAUGGCUCCGUGGAGGCGACGCAGCUCAACGGCAAGAGGGCACCGCCGCGGAGCCACCAGGGCAGCACCACGCAGAGCGCCCACAGCUCCGAUGACGAGAGUGAGAGCGACAACAGGUGGGCGCCGCGGUCGCGCAGGAGCCGCUCGCGGUCGAAAAGCGGCGACAGGAAGUACCGAAAUGGCGGCCACAUCCGAUGAAUGCACACA